UGUUACAUUUCAUUUGACAAUUCUUUAUAUUAAACAAUCAAUAGUUUUCACAGUAGCUCACAAUUGCUUGAGUUGGUUGUCGAUCAAGCAUCUCGGAUUACGAUCUAGCCAACAGAUGAUGAGCAAACGAUCUCUCAAAGUGGGAGGCGUGGCCUUAUUCCAGGCCUCCAAAGUUGUUAAAGACGCCGAUGUCAAAAGCUAAAAGAACACGAAGAUAAAAAGAAAUGAAUUCCCUAAGCUACAAAACAAAAGUUCUUUCAGUUAUCCUCACGUUGUUGCUGUCCGUUUCCGAGGCUGGCCAUUCAUCUUUCUGCCAGAUCUGGCAAACUGAUAUCCAGAAGUCUGAGAAUGAUGUGAAAGUCUCCCGCAAUUAUAAGGGACUCUGGCUAUCUCAGAAGUGUGAAAUACAUCCUGGUCCUCGUUUCAUGCUUCGCCGUUAUCACAUAAAAAAUGGACAGUUCAAUCUGAUACGGUAUUACUACAUGGAUCCCUGGUGUACUACUGCAUCAUUUUCCGUACUAGCUGUUGGGAGUUUCUCCCCACCACCAGAAAAAGCCUCUUCCUCUUCGAUAUCGUGGGUGGUACCUGGUGGAAUAGAACUAGAUUUCUCAUUUAAGAAAGUGGCGAUUGUACCGUUUACCACUGAAGCAGCAAGGAGUUUAUCUCAGAUGGUCAACAUCUCUUGCCCAAAUUUAAAUCUGAGACCGUGGAGGCCUUUCAGAAAGUAUAAAGUUUUAAGUUACGAUGAACAAAGGAAUCGAAAACGUAGUUUCCGUUCAGGAUUAACUAAUGAUUUUGACUGCACGCGGAAUUUUGAUUUCAACUUCAAUGAGUUGUUAUUGACGAGACUUGAACACAGAUCGUCUCUUCGUUUCCUUUCCCAAAAAACUCAUUCAAAGAUGUUAAGAAGGCAUUCUUCUCAUCUCUUUUUGGGAGUUGAAGGUUCUCGUAGAGGGAGUCGUCCUACUUACUACCAAGAACCUUUAUUACUGGCGCAGACUGAAAACUGCGCAAUAUGUCUCAACUUGGUGAAAUCCUCAUGGCAAAAAGGCAUUAAAUCUCCACCAACUCUGGCUGUAUCGUACGACACAAGUCCUCCUAGAACAGGUUUGGAAGGACAAUGGAUAAGCCUGCGUUGCGAGGUCAGACCUUACGGCCUAUUCCUUUAUCGAACCUUCAUAUUUGGCUAUGAGAAUCAAGGUUGGCAAGCACAACAUUCUUACUUCAAGGAUCCUCAAUGCCUGAAUCCAAUGUUCACCCUCAGUGCAAAGGGAACUUAUUAUCCUGGUCCUCCUUCAAGUAUCAUCGAAGAUGCAGUGGAAUACGAUUUCCACAUUAAAGAAUCGUUUUUAACUCCUCACGACAAACAGUUUUCAGAUAAUCUGAAUGGUCUCUUGAAUUGUGGCUCUGGUACAAAAUGGCAAGUUGGUCAAAUUGGCAAUUUAACAAGCUCUGGUGGUUGUGAAGAAUUGGGUAUCAUUGUUCCAUCCGUAGAAGAAGAUUUAGUGCGUUUUGAAAAAUUGAGUCCUGAUUUGGUGUAUUUGUAUUUAGGUGAGACUCCAGAUGGCAAGACAAGACCGACCAGUUUCCAGCCUCCUUUGGUCAGAUGUUCAUCGCCUGAAAGCAAUAGGGAAGAAGAUCACCUAUUUAAUUAUAAUGAAAUUCAGCCGUUACCUCUCAUUUCAGGAUCAUAUUCAGCGCGCGUUAGUUACUUAAUGUCUUUUCUGUUAGUAACUCUUACAUUUAUGAAACUAUAGCUUUUUUGUGAUAGUAAAUAUUAGCCACUGUUUUAGGGGUGAUCAUUUCCAGGGAUCUCCAAACAUGGCUCGCGGAUCCGAACUCGUCCUUCAGCAUUACCAAUCCGGCCCGUGAUAGCAGGUAUCUGGAAUGACAGUUUAUUUUGAUUGCAUUUUAAAUUUAGAACGGGAGUAAAUUUUAUGAAAUAAUAAUCGAAAAAUGCAAUAAUUGAUAUACCUAAUGAAAUUGAGCCUUUUAAUUGUAAUUAAUGACAUCAAAUCUACCUAAAAAGUAAAAUAAACGAUGUAUACUCUCAGGCCAGAGAUAUCUGUCUUGUUCUAAAACGAAACUUUGCUUGCAUCGUAGAACUACUGUUGGUUUGCUGAUAUGAUGGACUAGCUGGUAGAGAAAUGAGUCAAAAUACUAAAAAUACCUCAUCAACAGAGAAUAGUUAAUGAUAUCAGAACUCUUAAAAAAAGCCUCCAACUCAUGAAAAAUUAAUAUUUCUUUUUAAAGUUUCUAAAACUGAGGUAAAGAUGACUCCCUUUUAUUUAAUGAAGGAUUUAUCUCGUGGCUCUUAGGUUCGGAGUACUAGAGUUUUCAGAAAUAUUUCUUGUAUAAAAAAGAAUGAGAUAUUAUGUAAAUAAUGUUUUACAAAAUAGGCACACUUUUUUUAAUCAUUGUCAUUAAAGAUCGAAAUUGAAGAUUUUGAUUCUUAUACCAAAAAUAAACACAUUAUUUAAUGUAUGAAGAGCUCGUGCAAUGAACUGAUACUAAAUCAACUCAUUUAUUACUUUAUGGUGUAUUUAUGUAAAUUGCUGAAUAAAUUUAAGUAAUCAGUAAUCAAUAGUUUAUCAGUUGCAUUUAUGGAAACCCAUCUUUACUGCAGAUAAUGUUAAAACUAGGAAUUUGUAAAAAUGCAUUUUUUUUCUCUCUUUCAUAAUCAUUUAUUUUAUAAGUACAUGUUUCCAAUAUAAAGAAGGAAAAAAUUCUUAUAUAAGAAAAAAAGGAUGAAAGAUUUUUGAAAAAAUCUGCAUUUUACCAAUACAUGCUUUAAAAAUAGUUUGAUACUUAAAAAGCAUGGAUAAGCAUGAGAAGUAAGAAGUCUCUUCUAUGAUUUCGAAAAAGAAAGGAAUUGCCAAAGUUGUUGGAAGGAGUGAAUGAUGAUUAAUAAAUUUUCAGAAAAAAGUAAGAUUUUUAAAGUUAAGGUUAUUAUGAAGUAAAGAAUACCAGGAUGGAGAGACAAAACCUUUUUUUGAAAAAACUAAUCAAAGUAACUCCUGCUUGAGGAUAUUUUGAUCCAGUCUUCGCACUUAAAUUAUGCUAUACUUUAAAUUGAACCAGUGUACCCCCUAAGGUACAUAUUUAGAGUUAAUUUAAAAAAAAAAUUGAAAUUAAAUACAUAAUGUAUUUAAAACUCAGAUAUAUUUCUGCAACAAAUUAUAGCAUACUAAGUAAACUUUAAAAAAAUUAAUUUUGUUAAAAAAUUUCACAUUUAAAUUUAUUUAUUCAAUGAAAGUAGGUUUAUGGGUCUAAAUUUGUAGCUUAAGAUAUUUUCGGCACAAAUUAAUUAGCAUUAAGAAGGUUAAACUCUUGUACAAUUAAAUUGUGUGAAAAUCCAUUCAUUAGAUCAAAAAUUAUUAAGUAGUUCGAUUUUUUUUCUGUUUUUCUGCUGCAAAAAUGUAGAAGUUAACACACUAUAGCAUCGUCAUAAUUAGUAAAAAUGUCCUCUUUGUGUACAUCAUCCUCAUCAUUAUGAGUAGCACAAUUGCCCUGGGUGGGCCAAGGCAUUUACUUUGACUCCAAGAAACCCUCACGGUGACAAUGGUUGACCAGUUCUUAACCUUUAGGAUUCCAAAAUCUUUCUCAACUGCGUUUGUUCCUCGUAAUUUGGAUUCUUGUCUCUGUGGCUUUGCCAAAACUAGCUUUUUUAUGGUGUGUAAAAUCCUUCAUUUUAAAAACUUAAACAGCUUAGUUUGAUCUAUUAAGCUUGAUAAAUUUUAUUAUAUCUGAGAACUUGAAGCAUUUAUAAACUUUUGUAUUGUAUUGUCUUCUCCAACAAUAAUUUUCUUUUACUCUUCUUGGAAUAGUUCUUUCUCCAAAUAUAUCCAAAUUGGAUUCAUCAGAUCAUCAAAAGUUGAUUUUCAAACUUCAUAAAGUAUACUAAAGAGUCAACAGGGAACUCUUGCUGACAAUAACUACUACAAAAUAUUGAAAUAAGCCUAACGAAGGAGUCGGCCAAGGAUAACAACAUUCUCCUACAAGGGUUGUGAUUACGGAACACGAACUGAGCAUAAUCUGUUUUCUGCCUUGGCAUAUGGCAAUAAUUAAUUCUUCCAAUGAUAUUUUCAAACCAUUCAUGUAUUAGAUUCAAGUUUAGGACAAUGCCGAAAAUUUAAAAAUAUGUCGAUACUCUAAAUAACACAACAAAAAUUUACUAUUUAACGCUAAAAAAUGAACUGAUUGAAAAAAUGAAAAGGUUAAAGAAGCUAUAACAAUAUAACGAGACAUUUGAUUUCCCCCCAUAAUGCGUUUUCAUAUACUUUAAAAUAACAAAAGAAAUGAAAACCACGUAGAAUAAAGCUAUAAGGGAAAGAGUAAGAAUUUUUUUUUAAAAGUUAAACAUUUUUAGUACCAAUAACUCCUGAAAAUAAAUAGAAAAUAUAGUUGAAAUGGAAACAAUUGAGGUUUGAGAAGAAAUGAAAAUAAUUAAGGUUUGAGAAUAUUUAAAAGGAAUGUUAAGUUAGAAGGAUAAUAGUUUUUUUUCUUUCAAUAAUUUAUUUGAAAAAUACUGAUUAUUUUCUUGGGGUAAGAUGGUACUGAAACAAAAUAUUUAUUAUUGAAGCAUUCUUGUGUAUAACUUCAGAAGAGUUUAUAAACUAAUGUAUGCAUAAUCUUGCAAACGUAAAAAAAUAUUAAUUUUAACUUCAUUUCAAUAAAAUAAUAUUAAACUAU